AUGCUCGCAUCACUUUCUCUUCUUGCUCUACCGCUGGUCUCGACAUCUACCCUUGCGGUUGAAGUGCAUUCGCAUAACGAGCACAACAUUGCACGACCACUUUCUGAAAGCUGGUAUCAGCACGACGACCAUCCAGUCCAUGCGCUUUUCAAGCGGGCUGGCAACACGGAUGGCACUUCAUAUGCCGCUGUUGGGUCAUCCGCGUGGAAGGCUGGCUAUCCGACAGAAUGGGCAACACCAACAACCGUACCUCAAGCAUGGACAGACGCCCUAAACUCUGCUGUCUCUAACAAAGUCAUUCCCGAUGUCCCUGUUGCAAAGGUCGACACCAGUGGCGCUGAUGGCUCUGGUGUACCAACAUAUCCGGCCGGAAAUGAUCCCAACAGCCCUUCUGUUUGUUCUGCAAGCUAUCAGUGUAGAAUUCCUGGUGAUGUUUGGGAUGCACCGAACGGCUAUGUCGCUCUGAGUUUUGAUGAUGGGCCUACGAGUUUGCAACUUUUGAAGGCAUCAGAUGGACUGUCCUCCUUUCUGCUCUCACAGAACCAAACCGCAACGCACUUCAUGAUCGGCAGUAAUCUGCUCGACUUGCCUGAUCAGUUCUCCAAGGCUUUUGGUCAAGGCGACGAUAUCGCUGUCCAUACCUGGAGUCACCCGUACAUGACGACCUUGACAAAUACCCAGGUGGUCGCCGAGCUUGGGUGGACAAUCCAACUCAUACACAACUCGACGGGCGGGCGAGUUCCGCGGUUUUGGCGGCCGCCUUACGGUGACAGUGACCUGCGGACCCGGGCAAUCGCAAAAGAGGUAUUUGGACUGACGACGGUCAUCUGGAACCAAGACACAGAUGACUGGAGCUUGACCGAUACGCCGCCCGGGACUACCCAGGCCAAGAUCAACGCGAGCAUGACCACAUGGCUCACCUCCAAAACCAAGUCGCCCGGCUUGGUCAUCCUGGAGCAUGAGCUUUCCGACCAGAGUGUGCAGGCAUUCAAGAAUGCGUAUCCGGUCAUGAAGAAGAACAACUGGAAUGUCGUGUCGUUGGCAACGUUGAUGGGGAAUGGGACUGGCGCGUAUUUGAACGCGGAAACAAGUGGAAGUGCAGUCACGCCGGUUGGAAGUAUCUUGAAUGCGAAGAAUGCUUCACUGCCUGUCUCCUCAUCUUCUGCACUCCGCGCUUCAACCGCCAUAUCCCGAUCAACGAUGUCCAAUCCAACUUCAUUGUCGUCACCAUCUCCCAUUCCUAAUAGCAAGAGUUCGAACAACGCGGCUGUGGGAAGGUUUUCGACUUCGACCAUUUUUACACUUUGUCUAUGUGGACUGUUACUCUCCUUAAGCUUAUGA